AUUUUGGGAACAUGAUUGCGUGGGUAAAGCAAAGCACACCUGUACAGCGCCAAAGUAAGAGAAAGAAAAAAAGGGUAUCGUGCUAAGCAGCUGAUCAUUGCUUGAUGCAGCCAGAUCGUCCCUCGCAGCAACAAAACAUUGCCCCGACGCGGCGCCUAGCUAGGGGCCGGAGUUCCCUUCAUUGCUGUUUCCAUAAGACCGGCCCCCUCUGUUCUGCUUCGUUCCAAACAAAUUAAGGAGCCGGCAUAUAUAAGCCUCGAAUAAUUAUCAAAUCUCUGACAUUUACAUAGAGACCGCUCGAUUGGCAUUUCAGCUAGCUAGAUCGAUGGGUGUGGGAUACCUGACAGUUCAGGAAUACAACUCUGAUGAAAGGAAGAUCUUCUCUAAGCACUUCACUAGGGUGAUGUUCCGAGUCAAUGCCCUCCUUGUGGUGAACGCCAUCCUGAUGGGAGUCAUGGUUGUCCUAGGUGCAUACGGUCGCUAUCGCCGCCAUCCAUUGACCCGCUACAUUUUCUUGGGUGCCACUGCAUUGUUCAUUCCCAUAAUCUCCUAUGUCCUAUCUGACAUUGGUAAUCAGAAUGGCCUUAUCCUUUUUGACGAUGGAGAAAAGAUAGUAGGCCGCAUGUGCAAUGCAAGUACCCACAUGAAUCUAGUCUUAAUAUGGACUGGUCUUGUUCAAAUGGUUGGUAUCAGCACCACUUUGGUAGUGGUCAGUGAUCCUAGAGAAGGGCGAAACAUUGGUCCAUAUGUGGCACUACUUGUGCAAGCAAUGUGGACUUCCUACCUGAUGGUCUAUAACACAGGGUUGGAUUAUUAUACAUCCAUCGACCUGGGAGGUACUACUACUGAUACCUACAUCAAGUGGUCUCUGGUAAAUGUAUUUUCUCCAACAGGAUUGGUGAUUGUCCCACCAUUUGCUCUCACCUUUGCAAAAUUACUUUUCAAGUGUUUUGUGUGGCACAAGGCCAGAAAAUCACUAGCAAUUGGAUGCAAUCCCCGUCUUAUUGUUGGAUACAUGGAGCAGCUACAUGACGCCGACAUGACAAAUGAUUAUGGGGAUAUACCUCCUCCACUAAUAGUAAUGGGCGAAGACACAAUAUCUGUGGAUAAGGAGCCUCAUGGUUAUAGCUUUGCACUUAUCCCCAAUAGAGGCGGCUUAGUGACCCUUGACAAAGUUUGGCAGCUGGAUGACAUGCAUGAUCUCAAGUUGACAUCACAUCUCAAAGAUGUAUGCCUCUCCUUCGCACUGUCCAAGCUUUUAAGGUGUCGGUUCGCCAGGUACACAAAUGCUAAGACUGGCUUCACCAAAGCUUCUAGCUUUUUACGGAAUAUGUUACUCGAGGAUAGCAAUGAUGAGAGGGUACUUCAACUGAUUGAAUAUGAGCUUUCUUUUCUUCAUGAUGUUUAUUUUUCAUCACUGGUAAUCACAUAUUCAGAGAGCAGGAUGCCCAUACUAAGCAUAUUGAUUUCACUCUCAGGCAUCGGCUACUGCUUACUUUUUACUAUGGCCAGAGUAUAUCUUCCAUUUAUUAUGGCAGAUCGAUCAACUGCAUCUUCCGAGCUGAUAUCUUGCUUGUAUUGGUGCCUUCAAUUCGAGGGAGAACAGCAAGGUACCACAACACACCUACGCGGUCAGGACUUUGGAAGUCCAGCAUUUGACCUUGUACCGAUUGUUGUACUUGUUGCACUCGUUGUGCUUGCUGAGAUAAGAGAGACUGCUUUUUACGUUUGUUCUAACUGGACAAAAGUAGCCCUAAUCUGCGCCCACAUAAACCAUCCUUCUUGGAAGCAAUCUCCUAUCAUGCAGAAAUGUAUCAGGCAUGUGUUGCAGUGUAGAUGCAAGAUAUUAAACCAUUGGGAAGACACGAUGAACCAAUGUUCAAUACUGGUGCUACACCCAAGGAAUACUCCAAUGGGUCUGCUUCGUCGUCUUAAACCUGGUCAGAAGGUCAAGGUGCCAAGGGCGGUGAAAGCUGGUAUCAUGAAUGCAUUGAGAAGCUAUGAGAGAAGCAGAAACAAUAACCGCAUGCCAUCUCUGUGCCCGAGGCCGCAGUUGAAGACCGGCGACAACCUCCUUUGGGUGGUCGAUGGCACAAAAGGUAUAGCCAAGACCAUUCUUGUGUGCCACAUCGCCACAAGCAUUCUUGAACUCAGGUCAGCUGGAUCAUGUCAACCUCUCUCUGACCAUAAGACCGCUGCCAUUCACCUGUCCCGGUAUUGCGCCUACCUGGUGGCCUAUUCCCCUGAGCUGCUUCCAGAGGACGACGAGUGGUGCAAGAGCUUGUACAAGACCGUCAAGAAGAAGGCCGAGCACAUCCUCGCCGGCAUGCCAACACCUGAAGUGGAUUAUCAACCGUUGGUAGAGCUGAUGAGCGCCUCACAGAAUCAUGAGGUGCUCAAGGAUGGUACCAAGCUCGGACAACAGUUGGCGGAGCUGAACCAAGGAGAGGCCAACACAGCGUGGGAGCUCCUCGCCGGCUUUUGGUCGGAGAUGAUGCUGUACAUCGCUCCAUCAGACAACAUUGACGGUCACUCGGAGGCCAUCGCCCGCGGCGGCGAGCUCAUAACGCUCGUAUGGGCAUUGCUCGCACACCUGGGGAUUUUCAGUAGAGCCGCCGGCGACCCGGCCAGCAUCACUGGCGAAAGUGUGUAGGUGUGUGUUACCUUUUGUGUGAUCCAUUUGUGUAU